AUGACGGGUGCUUCUACUCGGGACCAAACUAUCGAAGAACGAUAUGGUAUUCCCGAGAAUUUUUUAGAAAUUGAGGUCAAGAAUCCUCAAACACACGGCUUUGGACGUAAAAUGUAUACAGACUAUGAAAUUCUUUGUAGAACCAAUAUCCCAGCUUUCAAAUUGAAACAGUCUGCAGUUCGUAGAAGAUAUAGUGAUUUCGAGUGGUUCAGAGAUGUCUUGGAACGCGAAUCAACCCGAGUCAAUAUCCCUCCUUUGCCUGGAAAAGUAUUCACGAACCGAUUUUCAGAUGAAGUCAUUGAACAACGUAGAGAAGGUUUAGAGAGAUUCUUACAGAUCGUUGCUGGUCAUCCUUUAUUACAAACAGGUAGUAAAGUACUUGCUGCUUUUAUUCAAGACCCUAACUUUUCCCGUGAUAACUAUAACUAUUAA